AUGAGGUUCACAGUCAACAACAACGCCCUACUUGUGGCCGUUAGCAUCAUCACAAGCAUCACAGGAACAGGAAGGGUAUCAGCCCACCCAACCGACGAUAAACUCGUCCAAAGCAUGGUGGCGAGCCACAUCCUAGAAGGGAGACUUAACACGAAGAGUCAAUGUGGUUAUUUGUAA